CUGCACCGUUCAGCAGUGGGCCAAGCAGCAGCAGCGGUAGGGCUGAGCCAAGCUUGUCAGCUACGUCCCAGCCAUCCACGGGCCUCCCGUCCCCUGUUCCCUGGUCCACUGCUGGCACUAUGAGUGUUGGGCGGGGCACUGUGACGGUUCUCACCACUACCAACCUCAAGCAGGAGCAUUCCACACCACAUUUUGUGUCCACGUCAUCUUCCGCAGCCAGCCCGUUUCCUUCUAGAGCUGUGGCCUCUGCUGCUAGCCCUUCCACGACUCGUACAGGCUUAGGUGAAAGUCCCACCAUCGGCCUGGUGAGCGGCACCACGUCUGACGCACGUGACAAGACUUCCUUUUCCCUUGGUCUUACAUCUGUUUCAGCUGCUUCCGUUGUCACGGUGGCAGUUGGAGAUGGGAGCAUGCAGACUACUAUCUACAUGGCUAAAUUUAGUCCACCUGCAUCUGUUCAUCCACCGUUGUCUGGAUCAUGUACUCCUGUCACUCUCUCUACACGGCUGGAGAAUGUGACAAGCACAACGAUACAGUUCAGCUGGAAACCUCAAGGUGGCACAAGAGACAGUCCUUAUCGCGUGCGUCUGUGGGAGGGAUACAGAGAGAUGGAGAACAGGAACAUAAAUGAAACCAGCAUUGCAUUUGGAAACCUGCUUUCUGAUCACGAAUACAAAAUAUCUGUGGAUGUUUUAACUUGCUCUAUGAAUAUCAGUACCUCGAUGACAGUUCGGACAGCUGCUAAAGUCUUAAAUGGAACCACUAGGAUUACUAAUGAAGAUUUCAUACCUGAAUAUGAGAACAAAUCAAGUAAAGCAUUUAAGGACUUCAAAACUCGCUUCAUUAUGGAGAUAAAAGAACAUCUGCCAACGGAGAUCCUAAAACUAAUAGUGGAAGGAAAAAUGCGUAUUGUAAUUAAUAGCAUCAGGAAUGGAAGUGUGAUUGUGUUCUUCAACAUUGUGUUGAAUGUAGGAGAAAACAUAACAGUGACAGAGAUUUCAGAUGCUUUUACGAAGUCCCUUAACAUGAGUACAGUAUUGAAAGCUGAUCUUAAAAGGACUGUUAUAGAAGCAAGGAAUAGUUGUCAGCCAGGAUUAAAUGAUUGUUCGCAACAUGCUACCUGCACUGCUGAAGGAGCAAGUUAUUCCUGUCAAUGCAACAAAGGAUUCACAGAUAACAGUCCACAAGUUCCAGGGAGAGUGUGUCAACAAAAGCAGAAUCCACCUUCACAACAGAUGACUACAGUCCCUCCAAAAAGUGCUACAGGUAGAUUUACAGGAUCCACAGCUAAUUCCAUUUUUGCUACCCCAUUUGCAUCAGGAGCUUGCAUGCCAGUGUCCAUAAACGUUGAGAAUGUGACUGGGGAAGCAAUACAAUUCAGCUGGACCACAGAGGGUGGCAAGAGAGGCAUUCUCUACACCAUCUCCCUCGUGGAUGGAAACCAAGAGAGAAAUAAAACCACCAAUGAGACAACAACUAUAUUCAAACAUCUGCUUCCUGGUCAUGUAUAUACAAUAUCUGUAAAAGUAUUAUCUUGUGCUGAGAAUAGCAGGACUUCAGUGAGUGUCCGAACAGAUCCGAUUUCCUGUUUCAACAGAACUGGGUUUUGCUUACCACAGAAUCAUGGCUGUCCUGACUUAAAAUAUGUUAUAUGCUCAAAUUACCAAGUAUUUGCGUGCAGUGCUUUGUUAAAAAGCCAGACAUUUAAUCAUACACUUUAUGACUCUGACAGUGAAGACUACAAAGCAAUGUCUGAAAGUAUCAAAACAGAAAUUGUUAGAGAAAUGCGCAUCAAACUUAAAGAUGACCACUUUGAUAUCGUGAUGGUUGGAUUCAGACCUGGGAGUGUGAUUGCUUAUUUUAUUUCUCUACUGCAAAACCAAGAGCCCAUUGGUGUGAACGUUGUGCAGGAAUACCUAAGUCAAAUAUUAAAGAGAAAGUUUGGUGACCAAGUUGAAGUAACUGUACAAUCUCUGUCUUCUCAGUCAUCAGCUGAAAAAAGUUCCUCCUGGAAAGUGGCAGUGAUUGUCCUUGGAGUUUUACUUGGAAUUGCAUUAGUGGUAAUUUUUCUGGUAAUAUCAGUUUAUAUUUGGAUGAAGAAAAGAUCGGGUAAAUACCUAGUUGAACCUAAAGAACUCCUAGGAAAUUUUGUCUACAAGCACUUGUAAUAUAAGCCACCAGUUUGACUUACA